CGUCUGCUGAGCAGCUUCAUCAAUGUCUGCCGGUUCCUCCGCAUUCCCCUCUCUCUUCGUCUCUUUGAUCACAUGUUCGAUGUCCGGCCCGGGUCCAAAGAAACCCUUGGAUUCGUGGUGGUGUCCUCCUACCAAGGCCGGGCAUUCCUUUGUGGCCUUCCACCUUCUAACAAGAAGUGGAAGGAUAAAUACGUGUCCAUCCAAUUCCCCCCGGCCUCUUUCCCUUUUGCCCAAAAUGUCUGGGGGAAGAGGAUGAGGCGUCAGGUCAAACCUACGGAGGCUGAUGACCUGGCUACUUGGGAAGCCACUCUCCGGGCCGGGGAUGCCUCCACCCGCGGUCAGUACCACGUCGGGAAGUGGGGCGUCUACCCGGGCCGGGAGACCGACCCCGAGCCGGAGAUUGUUCUGCCCGGGACGAUCCCCGAAGCGAUCCCCAUCAGCCAGACGAUGGGAUCCAAAGCCAAGGCCGCAGCCGCCGCCGGUCCUUCACGUCCGGCGAAGAAGAGGAAGGAGAAAGUGGUGAAGUUCCAGUCCAAGUUCGCCGUCCCACAGAUAGUGGUUGAGGAGCCCUCCUCUGCUCAGCCACUCGCUCCUCCCUCCGGCCAGCCCGUCUUCCUGGUGGAGCAACCAACCCAAUCCCAUCAGGGAACUAACCAGCCUCUUCACUCGGAGGAUCUCUACCUCAACAUAGAGACCUUCGAGUUUGACACCCUGAUGGGGGGAAAUGGGCAUACCUCCCGGGCCGGCCAGGCGGGUCAACCCCAUGUGGACGGCGAAGACGAAGAAGAGGCUGCUGAAGAGUCCCUCCAGCGGAAGAGGCGGAGGACUGAAGAGGUCAACCAGCCGGAUUGCCCAGGGGCUCAGUCCUCCGAUGCUGGCAGAGGACCUUUAGUCCCCCGGUUUCCACUUUUGAUGAGCCGGUCGGACGAGGAGCUUCUCGAAGCUUUUCGUUCCGACCUGUCUGAGGUCGGCCGGAUCGGGGAGGAGUACUUCGCCCGGCUGAAGAAGUUGGCGAAUGAGGAGAAGGCCCGGAUGGAGGCCAUGAUGGUCCAAUGCCGGAAGGAUGCUCAGGCCGCCCGCGAGUAUGCGGAGAAGACUGAGGCGAAGUGGCUGGAGCACUGUGCGGUCUACCGCCAGCUCUACGCCAAGCACGACGGACUUCUUAAUGCCGCGAAAGAGGCCGAUGAGCAGGCCCAGGUCAGGAUCCAGCAGCUGGAGGCUCGGACCGAGCAUCUGGAGGCGGAGAAUUCCCGGUCAACCGAGGAGAUCGCCCGGCUUGGCGAUGAGCUGCAGAAAGAGCAGUCGGAGCGGGCCGACCUCGCCGCUGCCUGGGCUUCUCAGGCACCAAAAGAGUUCGCCGCCAAGGCCUUGCCAGACCGGGAGACAGGCAUCCGCUUCUUCCAAAGUCUAUACAAGCAUCCGGUAUCGGCCGGCCUGGUGGAUGAGAUCGGGACCUAUGGGUAUGAAAGCGGCCAGUACUCAGAGCGGAAGGCCCUCUAUGGCAUCCUUGCGCAAAGGGUUCCAAACUUUCAUCCCAAGGCUCUUUCUCUGCCCGAGCUCCAUGACGAGGCGCCGGUCCCUCCCUUCCCAGGCAUCUGAACCAUCUGGCCGGGCUUCUAUUCUCUUUUUUUAUUGUAUGAUGUAAUGAUCGGCCUCCGGGCAUUUUUGUAAGACUUUAAAAUAUUAAUGAAAAAAUUUGCUACAU